AUGGAAGUCAACAAUCCUGAGGUUUGUAGCUCUGUGUGUGCGUGCGUUUGUCAUAUAGGUAUAUACAUAUAUGAUGCAUAUAUGUCCAAAUAUUUUGGCACAUGUUUGAUCCAUCUUUCCGGGACCAUCUUUUUUGGAGGUGAAUGUUUAUUUGAGAUUCUUGUAACUCUCUGACAACCAAAUUCUCUAGGAUUGAUUACUCGAUACUUUGCUUGUAUAAUAAACGGAUGUGCUCUUUUCCUCUGAUAUUUUCCCUAGGCCAUGAAAUCCUAUAUUUGGCUUCAGACGUCUGAUGGAUCAAUCCAGCAAGUUGAAGAGGAGGUUGCCAAGUUCUGCCCUAUGUUAUACCAUGAGAUGCAUCAAAUGGGAACGGGAAUUUCAAAAAAUCAUGCUAUUUCACUACCAGAGCGUGUUACUCCGGCGAUCCUUAGCCUUAUCCUUGAUUAUUGCCGGUUUCAUCAGGUCCCUGGACGCUCUAACAAGGUCUAUAAUACUCUACUUCUGCCUUUUUCAUUUUCUCUCGAGUAUUUGUGCUUUAUGGAUGACAUACCAUUUUAGUGCUCAUGAACGAGUUUGUACUUUGGAUUGACUUCUAUUAUGGCGUUUUUAUAAACUCUAAAAUCAAUUUCGAGAAAAACUGGAUGUUGUUUGUUUUUAUAGAUUUACGUUUAUAUUGUUUUAAGUUCUUUUUGUUGUUCCAUUGUCUGAUAUAUUUGAAAUUUUCUCCACAUUAAAGGAUAAUUUUACAUUCCUUUAGGAGAGGAAAGCCUUUGAUGAGAAGUUCAUCCGGAUGGACACAAAGCGGUUAUGUGAGUUGACGUCGGCUGCGGACAGUCUUCAAUUGAAGACCUUGGUUGAUCUGACAAGCCGAGCACUGGCUCGCAUGAUUGAAGGAAAGACUCCUGAGGAGAUUAGGGAAACCUUUCACUUGCCUGAUGAUCUUACUGAGGUAAUUAUUCCUCUCGACCAUCUUUUUUCUAGUCCUUGCUAAAAAGUUUCGCUCUCAUACUAUCUGUUAACUUUAGGAGGAAAAGUUGGGACCCCUGAGAAAUGCAACUGAUGAUCCAAGGAUACGGUUACUUAAUCGACUUUAUGCUAAAAAAAGGAAGGAAUUACAAGAGAGACAGAAGUUAAAGGUAUUCACAGUGAGUUGUUGAUCAUGUUGGCGAAGAUGAAAGUCGUAUUAUUCAGUUUCAAUGAUUUUUGAAUUGUUUACUUCUACACCGAUUGUUUUUGCAUGUAUUGUAUUGUAUUGAAGUAUGUGUUGUAUGUAUUUUGUUAGCUGACGUUUCUUUGCAUAGAAAAGUGUUAUUUUGAGUUUCAAUUUUUUCCCUAUAUGAUUGGAGGUUUCCUUUGGUUUAUCCUUUGUCUGCACAUAAUACAAGCUACGUAAAAAACUGUAUUCCACUCAGGAUGCUGAAACUAAUGAGCAACGAAUAGAGGACCAGGGGGAUGAUCGUUCAGUUGAUGAUCUUCUUUCUUUUAUAAAUGGGGGCAGUGGAGGUAAUGCUCUGUCAAAAGUCCUUUACCAUUUCACAUUCAAUGGAUCUCAGUGAUCUGCAAUAAUUUGUCUUGUAUUUCCCCUUUUUCCAGAUAAUUGCUAAACCUUAGAAAGGGCGCUUGAAUAUUGGAAAAGGGAAAAACAUUGAAAAACACGUGCUUUUAUUGUUUCGUUCAUGAGAAAUAUAUAUUUUUUUUGCGUUCAAUGCUCCCCCAUUUAUGAUUCCAUGGCAGCUUAUUUUCCAAUAAUUUAUUCCUAGUCUCUUCAGCAUAAUGCAAAAUUGAUUUUUUCGAGAUGUCGUCUGCUGUCUUUCAUCUUUUUAAACAAUUUUGUUAGAAAGAGAGAAUCUUCGUUUGAUAAUACAAAUAAGUAAAGACUUUAUGUCGCUGGUGUGCUUGUGGUGUUUUUGGUGUGAGUUUUUUAUUAUUUUCUUUUAUUUAGUCCCCUUUCUUUCCAAAAAAGGGGAAGAGUGUUUUUCUCCUCUGAAGGGUCCAUUGUUAUUUUGAAAUAUCUUUUUUUUCCUAGCCUAAGAUUCCAAGUGACAGUUUGAAACUAGAGAUCUUGAACCAGUUGCUACUGGAAAAUGCUAUGUGAAUCUGGAAGCUGUUUAUAAAGUUUAUAAGCAUUCCGGGGGACCAUAGCUUCUAUCCUAGUUCUUAUUCUACUUUCUGUAUUAUUUGCUAACGAUCACUCUUUCUUUUUCGUAUGUUAUUUUUCUCCAUGGCACUCCCUUGAGCAUUGUCUUUCAUAUAGCUUGACAUUUAAAAUAUGGUCUUUGUGUUUCAAAUGCUGAAACCUGUUAACUCUUUUGGUGCAGACGUCGCUGUCUGUUCUUGUUGUAGCCUGUUCAUUAUAACAGUUUGGCCAUUAUCAUUCAUGAUCGACAUAGAAAUGCCUUACAUGCAUGCUAUAUCUUCCAGAUUCUAAAUCAACCAGAGUGGCUAAGCACAAAAAGAAGAAUCGGAGGAGAAAAGAUCAGCCAAAAAACUCCCUAAGUGAAUCGAGCAUGAACAGCAAUCAGGUUCAUACAUAACUUGGAAUUAUUGUCUUAGAUGCUGAUCCUCUCUCUAUUCGUAGCUGCUGAUGGCUUGGCUGCUGCUGUGGUCUUAGGAGGAAGCCAGCAUUUCUACCAUCUCUUGUGAAGUCAGAAGCAAUCAUUCCCCUAGCCCUAGCAGAACUUUAAGGCUGCAGGAUCUUGGCGAUGGGAAAUUUGCACCAAAAGAUGUAUUCGAGGAUGCUGAUAUUGACGACGAACUCGAUCCCGCGAUGAAGGAAGAGCUUGACAAGUUAGUUUCAUGUCCCUCUUUGCCUCACUUCCUACCAAAAAUGCAUGGCUUCGUUAUGACUAUAUUCUUUUGUCCGGGGAUGACUCUUCUGUGGUUGUGGAAUUUGUUAAUUUGUUUCCCCGGGAAUGAACUUUGCUCCUUAUGAAAUUUGAUUAACAUAGCGGAGAAAUAUUUCCUUGCUAUUGUUUGAGGUUACCGUGCUCAACUAGACUAACGUUCUUGUUAGUCCUAUUUGGCUGCCGUCCGGCUUUCCUUUCUCCUUCCAUUAGAGGCUGAAAGUGCUUUCCCGCGCUUGAUAUUUUGGUUCACAGGAUAUUUUGGCCGGAUCUCUGUUCUCUUUUUGAUGUUUUCCAUGAAAGAAGACCAGGCAAAUGGAAACGGGUCAUUUAGGAUUGGAAUCAACCAUAAAUUAUUCAGACCCACCUGAAAAUUGCUCGAAGGAAGUGCUGUUGGAAGAGGGAAUUGCCAGCGUGCAUUCGCCAGCAUCUGGUGGAAGAACUGGGAGAGUAAGAAUUCUAGGAUCGGCUAUUUUCUGAAAAAAAUAGUUUUCAGGCCUCGACUAGAAAAAAUAAAACAAAAAUAUAGCACUGUGCAAUCUUCAUUGAUUCUUUUGAAGGCCAUGGAGGAUCCUCAGUGCCUCCCUGGUUCUCUUGCCAUUCGAUUUAAUGUGGUUUCUUUUUGCCAUUAAUGGCUUCUUUUAUACGAUUAUACUGUACACUACCCAUAGUUGUACAAUCAAUCGGAGAAUCCUCGUGUGGGAUGACUAGCAUAUGAACUAAAUUAUGCUUGUGUGAGAGACGUCAAUGGAACCCCACCAUAAAUGCUUGUUCUUGAUUUAAGUUCCUACGGUUUAUAUCUGUUCCACUGUGGCAACUGCAGGGAAGUGGAGGAUUUCGCCCGGAGACUGAAUUCAGACUGGCCAGAGAGAAUGCAGGAGAUCCUGUCCCUGAGUCAGGAGAGGGGCCCGACCAUCCCUUUCUCUUCCAAUGGCUCAUUAAGGAGAUACACAGGUAUACUGAACCAUAUUCCAUGUGAGACUCCCAGUAAAGCAGGGUUUUUUUUUCUUCUAAGCCCCCCUUGGAUGCAUCAAAUUUAUUAA